GUUGUUGGAAUUUUGUUACGAGUUACUCAAACAAGAACUCCGACUCCCUCACUAGUCAGGUCAGGCAGCCCAUUUCCAACCGAGUUCUUUUUCAUCCUCUCCACUCUUCAGCCGUGUCCUUGAGUUCAGGUCGACGAGAAUCUCUCGGUCAGGGUGCAAGUUUGGCUUUCCAAUUGUUUGUUAAAAAUCAAUGGCAUGUCUGCGACACUUCCGGAGCCAAGCCCGUGUUUCUCAAUCCAUUACUACUAUCUUAGGGUACAAAGAACAUCUUCAAAGUAAGGCUGUAAUACACUCACCUGUGAGGAUUGUGGCUCAACAAAUAUCAGGGUCCCAAUCCAGACCUGCCACAUGCAGUCUUUCUCGCACCCUCUACACAGCUACUGGAGAAAGCAAGUCUCAGUCCAAGAAUCUUGAGCGCAUUGCUGAAGACCUCUUGGACCUCACAAAGAUUGAGAGGCAAGACUACUCCAUCCUCUUCAGGCUAAAAAUGGGCCUCAACCAAUAUGGACCAGCAGUCUCAGGGAUAGACCCAACAUCUUCUGAAUCUGGGUCUGCCUCCGCAGACUCCAAGGUUGUGGAGAAGACCGCAUUUGACAUAAAGCUUGAGAAGUUUGACGCAUCUGCAAAGAUCAAGAUCAUAAAGGAGGUUAGGACUUUCACGGAUUUGGGACUAAAGGACGCUAAAGACUUGGUGGAAAAGGCUCCAGUUGUGCUGAAAAAGGGUGUCACCAAAGAGGAGGCAGGGUCCAUUGUUGACAAGCUCAAGGAGUUGGGUGCUACUGUGGUAUUGGAAUGAAGGGAAUUCCCUUUCUUUGUUUUGCUUCUUCUCGUACAAUUGUGAUCGAUGAGUUCAAUGAUAGAAGGUGGGAUUUUUGGAGCUUGUUGAAUUGGGGCUCCUGUGCUUUCAUGUUAGGGAGAUGGCUAUUAGAUUCUACAAUGCAUACAGCUAACGAAGUACAGGUUAGGAAUCCUUCCUAAAUGUUGCUGUCACCUACUUGUUUUCGUUCACCAGUCACAACCCUUCAAUAAAGUGUUUGUAGCCAGAAAUUUCUGACGAAUGUUUUUCAGUGAAGAUGGAGAGCGAAAGAAAUAGAUGAUUUAUGAAAAAGUAACAAUAAAAUAACGUGAAUUAUUUAUUAGUGAAUGAGAUAAAAUCAUGAAGAUAUAGAUCAAUUACUUGCCUC